AAGGGGCGGCAGGCGCCAUGUCUGGCCGGGAAGGUGGCAAGAAGCAGCCCCUGAAACAGCCCAAGAAGCAGGCCAAGGAGAUGGAUGAGGAAGAUAAGGCUUUCAAGCAAAAACAGAAAGAGGAGCAGAAGAAACUCGAGGAGCUAAAAGCGAAGGCAGCAGGGAAGGGCCCCCUGGCCACAGGUGGAAUUAAGAAAUCUGGCGGUGGGAAAACAGACGAUUUCUUGUAUAUUGGCGAGAAGGCCUAA